AGACUGCAGGGACUUCUGCUUCAGUCAAAGGAUCUGCAAAUUCAUCCUUCCCUGAGAACUAAAGCCAAAGCAGGGCCCGACAACAUGAGUCCUCUCAGUCAGCUCCCCGUCGCCUUCUUGUUCUUGGGAGUCGCCGUGCAUUGUCAGUAUGACGCGUACCCGACGGAUGAGGAAUACGACGACAAAUACUCGCCUGCGUUUUAUUUCCACUCGAACCCAGACGACGAGGCUCCUUCUCGCCCGAGCCCGUUCGGCUGCGCUGCCGAGUGCUUCUGCCCGCUGAGCUUCCCGUCGGCGAUGUACUGCGACAACCGGAAGCUCAAGGCGGUGCCGACGAUCCCCCCGCACAUCCAGCAGCUCUAUCUUCAGUUCAACGCCAUAGAGGCCGUGAGCAGCCGCUCCUUCGCCAACGCCAGCGGCCUGAAGGAAAUCAACCUGAGCCACAACAAGAUCACGUCUCCGCAGGUGGCCCGCGACGCCUUCGCCACGCUCCCCAACCUGGUACAGCUGCACCUGGAUCACAACGCUCUGGAAGACGUCCCCUCCCCUCUCCCCAGGUCUUUGGAAAGGCUCCUCCUGGGCCACAACGAGAUCUCCCGAGUGGGGGGGGAUGCCCUGGGAGGGCUACUCAACCUGACCACGCUGGACCUCGGCCACAAUCGGCUCGGCGACUCUCUGCUAAAAGAGAAGCUUUCCCACAUGAGCGGACUGGUGCAACUGAAUCUGGGCAGCAACGGCCUGCGGUCGCUGCCGCCCGACUUGCCUUCCUCGCUCAUGCACCUGUCCCUAGAAAACAAUUCCAUCGCUCUCCUCCCAGACAACUACUUCCAAAGAUUCCCCAAGCUCCGCGCUCUGAGAAUAUCGUACAACCACCUGGAAGACGUCCCCUACGCCGGGUUUAAUGUCUCCAGCCUUGUGGAGCUCCACGUCGGCCAUAACCGCCUGAAGCGGGCGUUCUACAUCCCCAGGAGCUUGGAGCACCUCUACCUGGAAGGCAACCAAAUGGAACACAUCAAUGUCACCCUGAUGUGUCCAUCCAUUGACCCGAUCCAUUAUCACCGCUUAACCUACAUUCGCCUGGACCAAAAUAGGCUCAAGGAGCCCAUCAGCUCCCAUGUCUUCUUCUGCUUCCCCUACAUCCACAGCAUUUAUUAUGGCGAGCAGAGAAGACCCGAUGGGCAAACGGUGCACCUGAAGACCCAGGUGUUCCGCAGGUUUCAGGUGGAUGAAGAAGAAGAAGAAGAGGAGGGAGAUGGAGAGGGAAGAGAGCCCGAAGGGCAGGAGCAGGCCGGGACGGAAGAGAACUUUGACCCCUACUUCUACUGAGUUCCCCAAGUCCGAGGAGAAUGUGGUGCUGUCUUUUCCCCUCACCCAAGCUCACUAGUCACUGCUGAGGUGGCUGCCUCCUUCUCUCCUCUCGGUACUACAAAUAAACACAA